AAUCAAGAGGAGAGGUGGAUGGAUUGGGAGGCAUGUGGAUGAGCCUGGGAAAAGUUCGAAGACAAGGCUGAUGCCGUUUUUGGCAGCAUAGGCGAAAAACGUGGAGGCCUUGUACAUACCACGAUGUCUGAGAAAACAGUCCACAACCUAACCCCUGCCUUUGACAGCAUACCCUACAGAAUGCAAAACAGAACAGGUUCUACAAAUUCUUUGCUGGAUGACAAUGACUACUUCCUGAACUCUGGGGAUCUCACAGGAAUUCCUGUCAUUGAGAGUGAUAAUGAAGAUGAGCAAACCUUUGCUACAAAAGAGAGCCUCCCUUCUACCCUUUGCUCUGAGGACAGCCGGGGAGAUGUGCGGAGGGUUCGGGAUCAUGCAGUGGACAACGAGAAGGACAUGCAGAUGCAAAACGUGAUCCAAAAGGACCUCUCCUCACCUUUCGACAAAGGACCCUCUGUAUUUAAAACCAUUCGCAAAGAUUUUAGCAUAGCAAGAGAUGAUGGAAAAGAGAGUUUUUUGGCAAAGGAGAAAGCUCGAGAAGGACCUUUUCAAGACCGUGACAAACGUUUGGAAAAAAUGCCAAAAGAGUUGGAUUCCAGAUUGAAAAGUAAUUUCCUGGAUAAAUCAGUUACUAAUCAAGUAGAAGAAACAUUACGUACCCAAUUAGGACCACAAACCCCGGAAAUCAACUUCAGGGAGUCCAACUAUCUGUUUUCUAACAAGGAAUCUGUUGGGCAAGAGCUUGGGAAUUCCUAUGCAUCAAGUAUUAGAAUUAAGGAAGAGCCUUUGGAUAACGAUUACGAUAAAGCUAUGGCACCUCAGCCGGGGCUGGCGAAUAAAGUUAAGGAUGAACCAGAUAAUACUGAGGAAUAUGGCCAGCAGCCAAAAACUCAGGAAGGGGAACUAAAGAUCAGUGCUGUGUUUUCCGUCAGCGGCAGCCCUCUUGCUCCACAGUUGACAUCAGGUUUUCCACCCAGCACACCCUCUUCUGGAGUGAACAAACUGCUUCCUGCAGUCCCAAGUGCAGCCAUCCGGGUUUCCUGCUCUGGCUGUAAGAAGAUCUUGCAGAAGGGGCAAACGGCUUAUCAGAGGAAAGGCUCCACUCAACUCUUUUGCUCCACACUGUGCCUCACGGGAUAUACUGUACCAGCCGCCCGGCCACCAGCUUCGACCAAGAAAACCUGUUUCAGCUGCUCCAAGGACAUCCUGAAUCCAAAGGAUGUGAUCACUGCUCAGUUUGACAACACAAAUUCCAGCAAAGACUUCUGUAGCCAGGCGUGUCUUUCCAUGCAUGAGCUGAAAAAGAAGCCUGUUGUCACCAUUCACACAAACAGUAUUUCCACCAAGUGCAGCAUGUGCCAGAAGAAUGCAGUGAUUCGGCAUGAAGUGAAUUACCAGAACGUCGUGCACAAGCUCUGCAGUGAUGCUUGCUUUUCCAAGUUCCGUUCAGCAAACAACCUCACCAUGAACUGCUGCGAAAACUGUGGGGGCUACUGCUACAGUGCCUCAGGCCAGUGCCACAUGCUUCAGAUUGAGGGGCAGUCCAAGAAGUUCUGCAGCUCAACAUGCGUCACGGCGUACAAGCAGAAGUCAGCCAAAAUCACUCCAUGUGCAUUGUGUAAAACUCUGCGCUCAUCGGCUGAGAUGAUUGAAAACACAAAUAAUUUGGGAAAAACGGAGCUGUUCUGUUCCGUGAACUGCCUGUCGGCCCACAGAGUUAAAAUGGUCACGUCUUCAGGUGUCCAGGUCCAAUGUAACAGCUGUAAGACCUCAGCCAUCCCUCAGUAUCACCUCGCUAUGUCCGAUGGGAGCAUACGCAACUUUUGCAGUUAUAGCUGCGUAGUAGCCUUUCAGAACUUGUUCAACAAGCCCACUGGAAUGAACGCAUCUGUGGUGCCCUUGUCGCAGGGCCAAGUCAUUGUCAGCAUUCCCUCGGGGGCCACCGUUUCAGCCGCAGGCAGUACUACCUCAACCGUCUCCCCAAGCUCCGUCAGCAGCUCAGCUGCGGCUGGCCUCCAGAGACUGGCCGCUCAGUCCCAGCAAGUUACUUUCGCUCGCACUGUUGUCAAACUCAGGUGUCAACACUGUAACCGCCUGUUUGCUACCAAACCCGAACUGCUCGAUUACAGGGGGAAAAUGUUCCAGUUCUGUGGCAAGACCUGCUGUGACGAGUAUAAGAAGAUAAACUGUGUCAUGUCCAUGUGCGAAUAUUGCAAAAUUGAUAAGAUUGUCAAAGAGACGGUGCGGUUCUCAGGCAUUGACAAGUCAUUCUGCAGCGAGGGCUGCAAACUGCUGUACAAGCACGAUUUAGCUAAACGCUGGGGGAACCACUGUAAGAUGUGCAGCUACUGUUUGCAGACGUCUCCCAAGCUGGUUCAGAAUCAUUUUGGGGGAAAGGUGGAAGAAUUCUGCUCCGAAGACUGCAUGUCGAAGUUCACGGUUUUGUUUUACCAGAUGUCCAAAUGUGAUGGAUGCAAAAGGCAGGGGAAACUCAGCGAGUCCUUGAAAUGGCGAGGGGAGAUUAAGCAUUUUUGCAACUUGCUCUGCAUCCUGAUGUUUUGCAACCAGCAGUGCGCAUCUGAUCCCCCGCCGCCCCCUCCGCCGCCACCCCCUCCUCCUCCUCCUCAAAACAAUACAGCAAAUCUUUCCAUGGCACCAACAUCCUCAGCGGGACCCCCUCCAUCUCUCAGGAAGGAUUCCACUCCAGUUAUUGCAAACGUGGUGUCCCUUGCCAGUGCACCUGUUGCUCAGCCCACAGCCAAUUCCAACAAUGUUUUGCAAGGUGCAGUUCCUACUGUGACAGCAAAAAUUAUUGGAGACGCAAGUACUCAGACGGACGCUUUGAAACUGCCUCCUUCACAGCCUCCUCGGCUUCUCAAGAACAAAGCCUUGCUCUGCAAGCCUAUAACGCAGACCAAAGCCACCUCUUGCAAGCCUCAUACGCAGCACAAGGAAUGCCAAACAGAAGAAGAAGAAGAAGUUCCGCCCAAAAUCAUCAUGGUGCCUGUUCCUGUACCUGUGUUUGUGCCACUACCGCUUCAUCUCUUCACCCAGUACACACCAGUUCCGCUGGGAAUGCCAGUACCCAUUCCAGUUCCUAUGUUUAUCCCACCUGCCCCGGAAAAUACCGUAAAGGCGGUAGAAGCUGCUCCAGAGGUCAAGGAGAAGAACCCCGUGAAUGCCUUUGACACGGCUCUCCUGCAGAUGGCAGAAAUCAUCACAGAAGAUGAGAAGGAUAAGGAACAUUCUCAAGGAGGCUCUCAAACGUCUGAGCAGGAGCUGUUCCUGGACCCUAAAAUAUUUGAGAAAGACCAAGGCAGCACAUACAGCGGUGACUUGGAGUCUGAAGCAGUCUCCACCCCUCACAGCUGGGAGGAGGAGCUCAACCACUAUGCCUUACGCUCCAAUACGGUGCCCGAACCUGAGCCUGAGCCAAGGCAAUUCUCCAAAGGGGAGCAGGAACAGGACCUGGAAGCUGACUUCCCCUCAGACUCUUUUGACCCAAUUAGCAGAGGGCUGGGAUCGCGUGCACGGGCAAGGCGGAGACACAGAGAUGGUUUUCCACAGCCCAAAAGACGGGGGAGGAAGAAAUCCAUUGUGGCAGUGGAGCCCCGGAUGCUUGUGAAGAGCUCCUAUCCAGGCUGCUCCGUUUCUGGGAUGACCCUCAAGUACAUGUAUGGAGUGAAUGCCUGGAAGAAUUGGGUCCGGUGGAAAAACUCACAAGAAGACCAAGGAGACCUGAAAUUUGGAGUUCGGUCUGUAAAACUCAAAGAGGACAUCCUCUCUUGCUCUUUUGCGGAACUGAGUUUUGGCUUGUGCCAGUUUAUCCAGGAGGUGCGGCGACCAAAUGGUGAAAAGUAUGAUCCCGACAGCAUCUUAUAUCUGUGCCUUGGAAUUCAGCAGUACCUGUUUGAGAAUGGUAGAAUAGAUAACAUUUUUACUGAGCCCUACUCCAGGUUUAUGAUUGAGCUUACGAAACUGUUGAAAGUCUGGGAGCCUACAAUACUUCCCAGUGGCUACAUGUUCUCAAGAAUCGAAGAGGAGCACUUAUGGGAGUGUAAGCAGCUGGGCGCCUACUCCCCCAUCGUUCUCCUGAACACACUGCUGUUCUUCAACACCAAAUAUUUCCAGCUGAAGAACGUCAGCGAACAUAUGAAGCUGUCCUUUGCCCAUGUCAUGCGGCGCACCCGGACUCUAAAGUACAAUACCAAGAUGACGUAUUUACGCUUCUUUCCUCCCUUCCAAAAGCAGGAAGUUGAAUCCGAUAAGCUAGUAGGCAAACGAAAACGCCACGAAGGUGAAGAGGUCCCAACGGCAGUGGAGAUGGUCGAGAACACUGACAACCCCUUGAGAUGCCCAGUUCGGCUUUAUGAAUUCUACUUAUCAAAGUGUUCUGAAAGCGUGAAGCAGCGGAGCGACGUCUUUUACCUCCAGCCAGAGCGUUCGUGUGUUCCCAAUAGCCCCAUGUGGUAUUCCACAAUGCCCAUCGAUCCAGGGACUUUGGACAUCAUGUUGACGCGCAUCCUCAUGGUACGAGAGGUGCAUGAAGAACUUGCCAAAGUCAAAGCAGAGGACUCUGAUCCUGAGCUUUCAGACUGAAGGCGGGCGAAAGGGGUUGUGUGCUCUCUCUUUCUCUCUCUCUCUCUCUCCUUUUGGUUCUGUUUCCUUUGUUCCCUCCCCUUUCUGAUACACAUUGCGAAAGCACCAAACUGUGAAUACACCCAGCUUUUGGGGAGAUGGUCCCUUUCGUGUCACGUGAACUCUCUAAAGGAGCCGCCGUCGACUGCAGCAGAUCGCAAAAGGAGAACCAAGAGGAUGCAAAAUAGCAGAAGGCGCAAGAAAGAAAACAACGGAGGCUGCAAUCGAUCCUGAAAACAAUGUCUUCAGAUGGACUCAUUUAUUUCGCUCCACACACGCCCCAGUGGUGCUUUGAGUGGGAUGAAAACCAAUUACGGAUUAUUGGGUUUUUUUUGUUUUCAUUCUUAAAAGGAAACCUGUUGUGUAUAUCCUUCUCUCUGAACCAUGGAAGCAAAGAUUAACCCCCUGAAUGCUUUUGCAGUGUAGCUGCUGCCCACAGAACUGUGGGGUUUCCUAACACUUUGCCGUAGGAUGCAAAACCAAACCUAGUUGGGUGGAAACCAGUGGAAAUGGCGUCUGUACCAUACACACCAAUUUGAUUUCCUUGCCCUUUUCCUUUCCAAAUAUAUAUAUAUAUACACAAACACACAUGUAUACAUAUAUAUAGAUAUAUUCCACUUUGAUUGGACACUAGGAAAUGCUGAUCCAGCCCCAGGAGAAGCGGGCAACAGGCUAAGCUUUUGGACGGUUCACCUUGGAAGGAUGCUUUGAAAUUUCUUCACUGGCUCGGUUGCAUCCCUCCUUUGGCCAGUAGCAAAUUCUCCGGCCAUUUUGGUCAGGAAGUUUGGGAAGCCGUGGUCCCAAAAAGUAACUUUUUCAAACUCUGCCCUCCUCGCAUCACUUUGAUGAGACAAGUAACCCAUGUUAUGUGUGUGCACAUAUGUUGACAUACAGAAAGACACAGUUCCAUUCAGACAAAUGGGGGAUUUUGACACAAAAUUCCCCAUCAUCACCCAGAUUGUUAUUAAAAGGCCAAGUGGCUUUGAAACAGGAAGGGUGCCCCAUCCACUUUUGAAUCUUUCCUUUUGUUUAUCAUCUCCUUUUGGAUAGGCCUUGUUUUUUUUAUACAUUUUGGAGGGAGUGGCCUUCUGGCAUCUUACAAAAUAUAGGGUUUUUAGUUUUGUUUUUAAUUAUCUGCCCCUCCCCCUUUUAAUUGUGCACCCCCUUUUAAAAACAACACCAGAAUGUUGAACUACAUUCUAAUCCUCGCGCAGGUUGACUACUCUCUUUACCACUUCCUUUCAACCGAGGUCCAUAUUUGGAAGAGACUUUGCCGACAAGCUGUAAUCUCUGCCGCCGGCCACUUCACCCCAGUAGAAACCCCUCUUGCCCUUGUAACCCAAACGCAGGGUGCUAACCCCCUAGCUAGGUCAAACGCAUUUCACUACUCCCCCAUCCCCAGUGUAUGACCCUUUUUCUCAGUCUUGCAGAUCACUUUGAAGAUCCAAAACUAUUUUUUAAAAGCAGAAAAAUUGUAUGUAUGUUUUUAUUGGCAGUUUUGUCUAGUCAUCUGAUUUCUAAGGCGAGAAGUCCGAUUUUUUGUUUUGUUUUUUGUUUUUGGUUCUUUUUUGUGUCUAAAACACUCUGGUCUAUCUCUCUCUCUCUCUCUCCGACGUUGAACAAAGACCUCCUUUUUUGUGUGCGUGGGUGUGUUUUGGGGUAUUCUUUCUAACCGUAACAAAAAAAGGUAACAAUAAAAUCAGAAAGUAGUCUUCU